AUGCCUCUCCGUGCUGUUGAGGAUGACGCAGAGUACCAAGCGCUCACCGCAGCUCCUCGACAAGCUCGUUUCCCACAGCGGCGAAAGGUCGUCAGGCAGAAAGAUGCCUUGCCACGUCUGACCAAAAGCCAGUCUACAUUGACACAGGUCGGCUGGAUCGACCCACCCAGUAGCAGCAGCAGAAUCAUGGACAGCGAGGAGGAGUUCAUGGAGCCACAGCCAAAGAGGCGAAGAAUAACUAGGAAGCUGGAGAAGCCCGAAAGCCAACCCACAUAUACUCAGGCUGUCCACUCUGCCACAGCAAGGCAAAAACGAAGGCCGAGGCUGGAUGAGGAAGAAUUUGAGAUGUGGCAGAAUUCUGAAGAGGCUGUUCAUACGCCCAUGCAAGCUGUCGUGCGGGAGCGCAGAGCUAGAGCGGCCGAAUCGAUGCAGCCACUGGAACGUCUAGAGAUAGUUGAAAGUGAUGACGAAAACGAUAUUGGUGCCAGGCUUUCCUUGGAAAUACCUGAAAGCGAGCUCCACGACCAUGCGACCUCCGUGCAGAAUUUGCGAGCUCACGAUGAUGGCACGUCCACUAAGCCGUUCGCCACACCGCAGAAGGUACGCUUCAAGGAGAUUCCUUCCUCGCAGAGUCCGGCGAGCGUCAAGCUCUCCACUCAGGAGAGAGACCGCCAUAGCGAUAUGUUCAGAAGUCCUUUGAAAGAGAGAAGCGUCAAUGUUCGAUCACCAGCGAAAUCUUCCCUCAAGGUGGCCUCGCCUCUGCCGAGCAAAGGUUCUGCGGCCGUUACAGCUGGAGACCCUGACCCUGGUCUGUGGAUUAUCGACAAAAUCAAUUUGGCACCGGCCAAAACUCGUGACGCCGCUCCGCGAGCAGUGCGGACAUUGAGGCGAACCAGUACUGUGCCCGAAACACAAUUUGACCAUGAUGCUGACAAUCUCGAUCUGGUAGAGACCGAAAUGGAGACACAAAUUCUACCUGUGCCGGAACAACGAGCUCGAAGGAAGUUCCAGCGGACGAACACUAUUCAAGACUCGCAACACGAGGACUCGGAUCUGGAGCUGGAUUGGCCAGAACCUACGCAGCAUAUCCAAGAAAUAAACGAAAACAUGGACUUUCAAGGUGAAGGGGCUACUUACAGCGAAUACCAACAAGAAGACAACACAUACGAUCCAGCAUACUCAGCAUUGGAUCGCGAUGCUGCUCGGUUUGCCGAUCAGAUACAAACACAGGCGCAGACACAGGCUACAUCGCUCCAGCCACAUAUCAGCAAUAGUACACACAGUGAUGACGAAGACAUGCUUGAGGAUGAGACGCUCGUGCCUUUCAAGACGAUCGACCAUGAGCCGGAGUCGUCGGCAUCUGAGCAGUUGUCCAACGAGCUCAUGCAAGCAGCUGAGGCUGUACCGUCUUCUCAGCCUUCCGAGCGCAAUAAUAAAGGGUUGGCUUCUGGAGACUGCGUCGUGCCUGCUCCUCCCAAGAAUGCCGAAACGCAGACGGUCACUCAGGAUAGAUGCGCAGGGAUCGAUGAUGAUGACGACGAGCGAGUACCAUCCUCGCCUCCUCCACAUCAGCCAUUCCAGCUUCUACAGCAUGCAGAACCGCGCAUUCCCUCCUCUCCGCCACCUCUUCGACCAAGUCAAGUGAGCACAGUCGUGCCUACCCAAACCUCACCACGACAACCUGUAUCACGCCCCGGAGAAGUGGAUCAGGCAUCUCUAGCUUACAUCAAACGCGAGAAGGAGACCCAAGCUCAACCAAUCCUCCUUGUCUCCUCUCCAGACAUAUGCUACAAGUUCGCCUUUGCCGCUUCCGCCUUGGAGCUCCCCUGA